AUGGUUGCUCUUAAUUUGCCCGCUGACGUUUUGGCUACUGCCGAUGGUACCCGUAAGCUCUUCAACAAGUGGUCUUACGAUGAUGUUGAGGUCAAGGAUAUCUCUCUCCAAGAUUAUAUCCAAAUCCGUCAACAAGUUUACUUGCCUCACACUGCCGGUCGUUUCGCUGUCAAGCGUUUCCGUAAGGCUCAAUGUCCUAUCGUUGAACGUUUGACCAACGCUCUCAUGAUGACUGGUCGCAACAACGGUAAGAAGCUCAUGGCUGCCCGUAUCGUUCAACAUGCCUUCGAAAUCGUUCACUUGUUGACUGAUGCCAACCCUCUUCAAAUCCUCGUUGAUGCCAUCAUCAACUGUGGUCCCCGUGAAGACUCCACCCGUAUCGGUUCUCAAGGUACUGUCCGUCGUCAAGCUGUCGAUGUCUCUCCUCUCCGUCGUGUCAACCAAGCCAUCUCUUUGUUGACUGUCGGUACCAGAGAGUCUGCUUUCCGUAACGUCAAGACCGUUGCUGAAUGUCUCGCUGAUGAAUUGAUCAACGCUGCCAAGGGUUCUGCUAACUCUUAUGCCAUCAAGAAGAAGGACGAACUCGAGCGUGUUGCCAAGUCCAACCGUUAA